AUGACGAGGCAACUCUCCAUUGCAUUUUUGGUUCUGAUAGUUUGCCUGACUAUCAGUGGGACACAAGGUAAAGCUUUCGUCGAAACAGGCAAUUCUAUUUGUAAGACCAGCGGUAAUUCGGCAUGUGAAGAUGCAACGGUCGAAGUGGAGGUCGAAAAAUAUUUAACCGAGUUUCUGGAGGAGUUCAAACACCACCAGGCCACCGGUGUGAGUUCAACGAACUUCGUUCGACUGCUGGAUCUUAUCAAGUCCAGUCAAACUAAAAUUACUCUGAAUGAGAUGCCCAACGCAAAGAAUAAAAAACUGUGCCUGCAGUGUUUAUCUGCUAGUUACACGUUUCUGGAAAUCUACAAAGAAAUGGAAAAUAAGGAGAGACCUGUUCUGGUCAAACUAGCGAAGGACAUUUGUAAUCUUUUCAAUAUGAAACCCUUCGUUUGCGAAGGUCAUGUCGAAAUGAACGCAGAUUUGAUUCUGUACAUGCUGGAACAGCUGGAUACACUGCCAACCGUGCAAAGGAUUUGUGAAAUUACCUAUCAGGGUGAAAACUGCGUCGCUACCGGUUCGGAUGUUUUCAACGAUCGAUACCCUGCGGUCGACAUCAGCCCAUCCGACAAGGCUCUGCAAUCAUCCAAACCGACGGCGGUCACUCAUUACACCGAGCAGCCGCUGACCAUCGUUCAUCUGACCGAUAUCCACUACGAUCCGGAAUAUACGGUCGGAGUCAAUGCCGAUUGUGGUGCCGGGACGUGCUGUCGGGCUCUACCGGACCUUGAGCCGGCCGAUUCGAGUAACGCUGCUGGGUACUGGGGAGAUUAUCAUGCCUGCGAUACCCCGUGGCAUGCCGUCGUCGAUGUGUUGGACCAAAUCCGAGCCCAACACAUUCACAUUGAUGCAGUUUAUUUUACCGGCGAUAUCAUUCACCAUUUCACCUGGAAUACUACACUGGAGACCAACAUUGAUGCUAUGCAAAAGAUUUACCGUCUACUGAAGGAACGGUUUGCCGGAAUUCCGGUUUAUCCCGUGCUCGGAAACCACGAAGCUCAUCCGUCGAAUAUAUAUGCUCCGCACGAGGUUCCUGAUGCAUUGAGUUCCAAAUAUCUGUACGAUCUAAUCACUGAGGAGUGGAAUGAUUGGCUUCCGGAUGAUGUUAACGAUACUCUCGCCGAAGGCGGUUAUUACACCGUGUUGAGCCCGCUUGGACAUCGAAUCAUUGCCCUCAACAAUAACUUCUGUUUCAACUAUAAUCGGUGGCUGUUCAUCACCGAUAGCUAUUUCACCAAACAGCUUCAGUGGUUGAACGAUGUUUUACUUGCCGCGGAGGAUGCAAACGAAAAAGUUCACAUACUUGGGCACUUGCCAUCGUACGAUAACUACUGCUAUCUCGGCUGGACCCGAGAGUACCGCCGAAUUGUGGAAAGAUUCGCUCACAUCAUCGAGGGUCAGUUCAACGGUCAUUCCCAUGUUGAUGAGUUCAAUGUUUACUACAAGAAAAGCGAUCCUUCCGCGGCGGUUAACGUGGCCUGGAAUGGUGGCUCUACUACGGCGUUCUCAGAACUAAACCCAAACUACAAGGUCUUCUACGCUGACCGAACGACCUUUGAAAUCCUUGACCAAGAAUCGUGGAUGUACAAUCUAACCGAGGCCAACCAGCACCCGGACCGCAAACCGGCUUGGUUCAAAGCUUACACCUUCAAAGAACACUACGGUUUGGCAGAUCUUAGCCCGCAAUCCUUGGAUGGGCUUUUGCAAAAAUUUGCCCGCUCUGAAGCGGACCUGCUGCAGUACUGGAAGCUGAAGCAGAAAUAUGCCGAUCCACUGAUGGCAGCCGGUUGUGACGCCGAUUGCCUCCGGGAGACUUUCUGCGAUAUAGCCCGGUCCGAGUACGGGGACGAUGCCGCUUGUGAACGGCUCCUUGCCGAGGCGACGACUGGUUCCCGCAAUUGA